AUGCUGCUCCACUCGCUUGCCCCAACAAUUCCUGCUGCUGCUGCUGCUGCCGCAGCAGCAGCAGCAGCAGCAGCACGCUCAAAUGCUGCUGCUGCUUCUGGCAGCGACGCCCCUGGCUGCCGCAGGUGCUACAUAUGCGGCCGCCGCGAGCGCAGCAGCAGCAGCAGCAGCAGCAGCUGCAGCAUGGGCAGCAGCCGCAGCAGUGAGACCAGCAGCAGCUGCAGACUGCGGCGCUGGCUCUUCGGGCCCUCCUCCCAGCAGCAGCAGCAGCAGCAGCAGCAGCAGCAGCAAAUCGGCAGCUGCAACCAGGAAGACAUGCAGCGCAUUCUGCGGCGAGCUGUACGUACACUCAAAGAAAGCAGAGAAAAAGAAGCAGCAGCAAAAGGCCGGCCCCCACACCCCACAGACUAUGAACUCAUGGAGAGGCGGUGGAGUGGCUUUCUGAAGGCAGUCGAAAAGCACGGGAAAAUAUCUAGAGGAAACUUUAUAGAGGUCUACACAGAUGGAGAUGAGACGCUGCAGGCGAUGCUGGAGUCCAUAGCAGCAGCAGAACAGUUUGUGUUUAUGGAAAGUUACAUCUUCGAUGGCUCGAGAGCAGCAGCAGCAGUUAAGGAAGCUUUGAAAGCAGCAGCAGCAAGGGGCUGCUUAGUCAUUCUCCUCAUCGACGGCAUCGGCAGCUUCGGCUUUUCGCAAAAGUGGCUGUCGGAGUUGCUGCUGGCGAAAGUGCACGUGGGGAUUUUUAACCCGCCGCUGCCUCAGGGGUUCUACGCCCCUGCUGCUGCUGCAGCAGCAGCAGCAGCAGCAGCAGACCUGGGGCAGCUGCACGCAGUGCGCGCGGGCUCUUUGGCUUUUCGCAAUCACCGAAAGACACUUGUGGUUGAUGGAAGAGAAGCUUUUGUGGGGUCCUUUAAUGUUUCAGAAGGCUCCACAGGCCCUGCAAACGGGGGCACUGGCCGCUUCUUAGAUUUGCAUGCAAGACUGUGGGGCCCUGCUGCUGCUGAUUUGGGAAAAGUUUUUGUUGGUUCUUUGGAAGCAGCAAAAGCUCAAACCCUAGCUGACAAGGCAGCAGCGCAGCUGCAGCAGGUGCUAGAGAGUGAUGUCCCCAAACGCCGCCGUUGCAUUCAGGAGGUUCUCCGUCAGGCCAUACAGACGGCGUGCUGCUCGCUGCACCUGGGGACUGCGUACUUCCUCCCCCCAGGCUUCCUGCGGCGCGCACUGCUGCAGCAAAUCAAAGAGAGACACACAGAUUUGCUGCUGCUGCUCUCCGGAGACAGCGACGUCUGGUGCGACGUCCCCGCCACCACCUACCUCGCCCACAAACUCCUCCUGGCGAGAGAGCGGUCUCGUCCGCUGAGGGACUGGCUGUUGCUGCGGGCAACUGCAGCAACUUUGGAGCAGCAGCAGCAGCAGCAGGAGGCGGACACGGCAGCAGCAGCAGCAGCACCAGCAACAGCAGCAGCAGCAGCAGCGCCUGGCCUUGUGCCCCCCUGGGCUCAGCUGUCUCGGCUGCGUCAGCAGCUGCCUUUCUUCGGCGGCGCUGCUGCAGCCCCGCAGCAGCAGCAGCACGCGCCGCAGCACGAAGACGCGCAGCAGCAGCAGCAGCAGCAGCAGGAGCAGCAGCAGCAGGCGGCUCCGGCGGCGUGGGGGGCGCAGCCGGGCCGGCUGCUGCGGCUGCUGCUGCACCUGCGAGGUGGAGAUACACCCCAGCUGCUGCAGGGACAACUCCAAAUUUGCUUUUCCAAAAAAAAACAUUAUCAUGCAAAGAACCUUGUGGCGGACCGUUUGUGGGCUUCCGUGGGUUCCUUCAACUUCGACAGGUUUUCCGCGCGGCGUAACCUGGAGGUUUGUGCUGCUGUGCUGCACCCCCCUUUAGCUAGCCAGCUAGCUGCAGCACAAGAGCAGCAGCAAAAAGACUUUUCAGGGUUUUACCUCGAGACUUGGAGGGCCCUGGGGCCCCUCAAGCAGCUCAUUUGCUUCGCAGCUUACCAAAUCCUCAAGUUCACAGGCAAAAACCUCUUCGACGGACUCUUCAGCGAAAGAGACAAAGAGACUCUUGCCAAGUCCAUUGAGCAGCAAAACACACGCAGCAGCUUGCUGCCGGCAGUUGCUGCAGCAAUUCUCUCGGGGGCCUGA